AUGUCUCUGGCAAACCAGUCCAUCGAAGGUCUUCCCCAGGAGGCCUCCAACAGAUCCCUGAAUACUACAGGGGCUUGGGACCCACAGGUCCUGCAAGCGCUCAAAAUCUCCCUUGUGGUGGUCCUCUCCACUAUCACCCUGGCCACGGUCCUCUCCAAUGCCUUUGUACUCACCACCAUCUUACUCACCAAGAAGCUCCACACCCCGGCCAAUUAUCUCAUUGGCUCCUUGGCCACCACCGACCUCCUGGUUUCUGUCUUGGUCAUGCCCAUCAGCAUAGCCUAUACCACCACUCGCACCUGGAACUUUGGCCAAAUCUUGUGUGAUAUCUGGGUGUCUUCUGACAUCACCUGCUGCACGGCCUCCAUCUUGCAUCUCUGUGUCAUUGCUCUGGACCGAUACUGGGCCAUCACUGAUGCCCUGGAGUACAGCAAGCGCCGGACAGCUGGCCACGCGGCAGCCAUGAUUGCGGCAGUCUGGGCCAUCUCCAUCUGCAUUUCCAUCCCACCACUCUUCUGGCGUCAGGCCACGGCUCAUGAGGAAAUGUCCGACUGCCUGGUGAACACAUCUCAGAUCUCUUACACCAUCUACUCCACCUGUGGGGCCUUCUACAUCCCGUCCGUCUUGCUCAUUAUCCUGUAUGGCCGCAUAUACGUAGCCGCCCGGAGUCGGAUCCUGAACCCACCCUCCCUCUACGGGAAGCGCUUCACCACGGCCCAGCUUAUCACGGGCUCCGCGGGCUCCUCACUCUGCUCCCUCAAUCCCAGCCUCCACGAGAGCCACACACACACAGCCGGCUCUCCUCUCUUUUUCAACCAAGUGAAAAUCAAGCUCGCUGAUAGCAUCCUAGAACGAAAGAGGAUCUCUGCAGCUCGAGAAAAGAAAGCCACUAAAACCUUGGGCAUCAUUCUGGGGGCCUUUAUCGUCUGCUGGCUGCCUUUCUUUGUGGUGUCGCUGGUCCUCCCCAUCUGCAGGGACUCCUGUUGGAUCCACCCGGCUCUCUUUGACUUCUUCACCUGGCUAGGUUAUUUAAACUCCCUCAUUAACCCCAUCAUUUAUACCGUGUUCAACGAAGACUUUCGACAAGCAUUUCAAAAAGUUGUCCACUUCCGGAAAGCCUCCUAGUCGGAUUUGGGGGUUUAUCUGUUAUGCCCUGUAACCCGGCUGGGUUUGCCUUUUUUUUUUUUUUUUUUUAAUUUAUUUUUUAUUACUCUUGUUUCUCUGAGACCUGGGCUGAUUUGUGCCGUCUUGGGUCUUGGAUUAGUCAAUAGAUUUGUUCUGUGUUCAACUGCCAGCAUCCUCUAGACUUCGGGAUCACCUAAAGCUAGGCCAUUGUGUGAAAGGGGGCAGGACUGAAGACAUCCCUCGCCACAAUAGCCACAUGGUUUUCUGCACUGGAAGAGAUAUAAGCUACAGGACUAAGGUGAGAAACUGUCUUAUUCUCUCUCAGGCUCAGAGUAAAGGCCUUCUGGUCUACCUAGGGUUUUA